UCAUUAAACUACCUCCCAGUUUUUGACAUACAAAUAUCUAAAGGCACGUGCAACUGAAAAGCGGUUAAUGGAGUCGAGCAUUUCGAAAAAGGGGAUUGGGCAUUGGUUGUUUGGGUUACAUUUCGCGUGUCGAAGACACUUAAGCCGCAAGGCAAAGCAAAAAGCAACCGGCGGGUGAUGGGCGACCAGACAAAACACCAUGACGACCAGGGACUCGCCAAAAAGAGAGAUUGUGUAAACAUAAUUCAACAUACAAUAUUAACAGUAAGGAACAAUACGAAUGACAUUAACUUUUACAAGUUCUUAGAAUAAAAAUCAACAUACAUAUAUAAAAUUGAUUGUCCUACCUGCCUGAUCGAUGCACUGAUUUGAGCAUAGCUCAGCCCUGUAGCUAUAAUUGUCUACCUUAUUUCUGCUCUUGGCUCUUCUUCGUGCGAACCCAGUAUAGGCUUCUUGUGAGCUUAUUCUCACGAUCUGCUGUUCAUAUUUUUCCAAAAGCUACAUAAUCUUUUGACAUUAAAAAUCUUUCGCUUGGUCUUUACCAAAUGCGAUUCCAGCGCCCAAUAAAACAAAUUGAUAAUCUGUAACGGCUUUUGCUUGGAAUUAGUUACGUGAUCAGUCGAUACUUUAAGCAAACAAAUUUCAAGCUUUCCACGUGAUUAUUGGUAAUUCGAAUAAAAUAGGGUUUACCAUUUACUUAACACCAAAGAUGGUCAUGAAUUAUUGAUGCACUAAGGGUCAAAAAACUGAAAAGGUUUGAGAAAAAAUCACUCUUUAGCUUAAGGCGAUUCCAAUUCCGUGACUUUUGGCCAUCCCUAGCGAAAGGAAAGUUUUUUUGCGGUAGCCGUUGUUGGCGUCGUCAGGCAAACAGCGACAACAGUGGGAAAGCGACAACCGGCGGUAUAGGCACACACGACAGCGAGGACAGUUGGCAGUAACUAUGAGGACAACAGCGACUGCGAGACAAUCGAAAUCUGCUUGCAUUUGUUUUUCUGCAUAAGAGGUAAUAGGUAAGGGCUCUAAUUUAUGGUGGAGUGGACAACCAGAGGAGACUAUGCGACGGCCAUCUCGUUCCAUUUGGGAGUCGGCCAGUCGACCCUUGUUUGUGCGCUCUGUCUGGUUGGAGAGAAUCGGGGAUACGGGGCGCAGCCACCGACGCCACUUCAUACUCGACUAUGAGCCGCACGAGCGUCAGCGGUGGAUUCAGUGCCAACGACAAAAUGCCAAACGUGGUGACAUCAGUUAUGGUAGCGAAUCCAACGAGUUUAACGGAAAGUCAAUGCCAACAGAGAAUUACGCUGAUUAUACCUUGAAUGAGUAUCUGCUAUUGGAUGCGACCAAACUUACGUUGCAGCACCAACAGCAAGUUUGCCAGGGGCAAGGCGUAAUGUCUAACAAAGUGCAAAGUGCUUCCUUUACCGUGCUGCACAGCAGGCGUCAUUCCAAGAGACGUGCCUGGUUGCUGAGCAGCGAUAAGGGCUAUCAACUGGACCACAUUACAGAUCAUCAGCCGCACUCACGGCGUAGUUCGCUUCAGGAUGCACUGGCCCCGAGCACAGUCAAUCCGGAAGAACGUCUUGCGGAACGUGUGAUCAAUUGGCUGGACUUGGCGGGUCGUGCGGAUAUUGUAAAAGGAUCGACACCAGUGCCAGUCAGUAGCAGCAGUGCAAUGCUAUCAAGGAGCCAUCGAAUCAGUCGGCAUAACCAACGUGGCAUGGGCCUGAAGCGUAGUGCCACGGGAACAGUUGCACAGCGUGAAGCCCCUAGGAAGCCCGCGACAAAGCAAGCGGUGAUGAAUUACUGCGCCAACUCCUCCAAUGCCAAGCCGAUUACCAUCAUUUUUAACAAGGAGGGAGUGCCCGUUCGCCUCAAUCGUCCGCCUCGCAACAUUGAUCUUUGUGCGCUAAGCAACAGCGCCAGCACGACGCGUCGCAUGGCCGGACAGUUGGCAUCGGCCAGGUUAUAUAAUGGCACGGCUGCAGUACCCACUGCGAAAGACGCACGUACUCCGCCACACAGCAGUCGCGGAUUGACCGCAACUCAACAGGAGAGUCGUAAACAGCUGCACAUCUUCAUGCCAAGUCUGCCCAAGAAGGGCCUGCUCCUAGCAGCAUCAAGUAACGAGGAUGCGCUAAGCGCUAGUUUUAGUGAAUUAUAUUUUUAAGCGCUAAAAUUUAAACAUCUAUUUGUUUCUAUGAGGAAUAAUAAAGUA